UGCUACUUCCUGUUGAUUCCUGCUGCUUCCUGUCAGUCUCCGUGAGGACUGUGGAGUAGAGCUUUUGCUACGUUCACACCGGGAAUUCUGCGUUCGUGCUCUUGAACGCGCUUUUAGCAUACGGUGUUCUCAAUGGACAAGCAAGGAGGGGGAUCUGCUCCCUAUUCUUCUAUUAGACUGUUAACAGGCGCAUGUCUGCCACUACAGUUGAGAGAGGCUAAGCGCUAAAAAGUCGAAGCGCCGGUGCAAAUCUCUCCAUUUGCACGAAACGUUUCUAUUUGCAAUGGCGGAUAUGGAUUGCUAUCACAUCAGGAGAGUGGCAUUGGUUUAUCUCUACCUGAACAACAAACGCAGACGUCGUCAGACUCGUCGCCGUGUCUGGGUUCACCAUAUGAGCCAGGGACAGUUCGGUGAGUUUCACCGGCUGCUGCAGGAGCUGCGCCUGGAUGAAGGCCGCUUCCAGUGGUACUUCCGUCUCUCCACGGCCCAGUUUGACGAUCUGCUGUCCCGCAUCGGUGCGCGGAUCACUCACCAGGACACCAACUACAGGCGCUCCAUUUCAGCGGCGGAGCGCCUGUCCGUCUGUCUGCGCUAUCUGGCCACCGGGGACUCCUACCGGACCAUAGCCACCAGUUACCGUGUAGGUGUCUCAACAGUCGCCAUAAUCAUACCAGAGGUCUUGACUGCCAUCUGGGAUGGGCUGGUGGAGGACUUUAUGGCUGUGCCUUCUGCAGAGGAUUGGAGGUCCAUCGCAGAGGAGUUCCAUCAGCGGUGGAACUUCCCCAACUGCUGUGGAGCUGUGGAUGGGAAGCACGUCAUCCUGAAGGUUCCCCCCAACUUAGGAUCCCAGUUGCACAACUGCAAGGGUCCUUUCUCCGUUGUUCUUUUGGCAGUUGUGGAUGCCCUCGGGCGAUUUAGGGUUAUUGACGUUGGGGACUACGGCAGAACGAGCGACGGCGGCAUUUUGGCCAACUCCACCCUUGGUCAGGCACUUCGCUGCGGCACACUCAAUCUGCCACCUGACCACCCCCUCCCAGGAGCAGAGCAGCGAGGACCCCAGCCCCAUGUCUUUGUGGCAGAUGAGGCUUUUCCUCUGCGGAGGAACAUGAUGCGCCCGUUCCCUGGCCGCGCCCUCACCCCAGAAAGGCGCAUCUUCAACUACCGCCUCUCCCGGGCCCGGCUGGUGGUGGAGGACACCUUUGGCCUUCUAUUUGCACAGUGGCGGCUGUUUCGACGCCUGGUUGAUGUCCGGCCUGAGGUUUUGGAGAAGUUUGUGAAGACGACAUGCCUUCUUCACAAUUUCAUCAGGUCCUCUGCCAGUGAAGCACCUGUGGAGGAGGCUGUGGCCGCUGCAGAGGAGCCACUGCGGGGGCUUGGAAGGCUUGCAGCUAACAACUUCUCCAGAGAGGCCUAUGCCGUGAGGGAAACCUUCAUGGCCCACUUCACUGCGGAGGGAGCAGUGACCCAGCAGCCUGCGGAGUAGCCUUUCCGGUCAAUUCCUCCUUGGACUGACCCAAAACAGCUCGUUUAAGAGCCAAUACAAACCAUCUUGAUUCCCUCCCCUUUUCUACUGACUCUGUGGUUAAAAUGUACUAAAAUGAAAAGUGUCUUAAUGGCCUGAUUUAAAGUUGAAUAAAGUCGGUCAAAUAAAAAAA